CGCACGGCCCCGGACGCGUCUAAACGCCGCUUUCCUUCAAUCCUUCGCAACUACUCUAGAUCAGGAUCAUGAGGCCAACAGGUUCCUCGAACACAGCAUAGAUGGUCGCAUCCGCCUCCAAAGUUGCAGCAGCUGGUCAACUGAGACGUCCGAGCCUUCUGCCGGGGCAAAGCGAUCAUGGGCCGAGUAUCUCACCUGGGAGCAAACAGUCGCGAGGAGCCCGGCGCUGAUUUGUCGCUCCCUUUGGAGCUGUGGCAGCGCGUCCUCUUCUUUGUCGACGCCUGGCUGCUCGAAUAUGAUGAGGCGGCACGAAUUUCAGGAGAGCGCACACGGCGUGCGACGCUUUAUGCGCUCAGCCUAGUAUCGUCGCCGCUACAUCACAUUGCCCAGCCACACCUGUACUCCUUUCCCUGUCUCUCAGACGGAGACGCUCUGGACGAGGGGAGACAGCAGAGGUAUUGGGCAGCUAUAUGCGCGAAACCGGCACUCUGGUCCUACGCAAGGGGUGUCUUUCUCGGUCGAAGGCGUACAGGACCCGAAGAAGCCGGCCAAGAGGGCAGUGGCAGCCUGGCCUCGCUUCGAGCUACGACCGUACGCGCUCGCAGCCUGGCUCAAGCCAUUUCAGGCAGCUCCACAUCUUCCUCGGCGUGGGCGGAGUCCUUUGGCGUCAUCUACCCGCGUCUGCCCACCCCGAUCGGCAUCGGACCCUCUCCGUCCUGCCUGACGGAGGUAGCAUGGUGGGAAGUGGGAGGUGGUGUAGGAGGCCUACCGGCGAGUCAUGCCUACUCGACUAGGGCGGUGGGAGGUUGGUGUCGCGACGCCUUCGCAUUCGUGGAGCAGCAGAAGAGACAGCAGAGGGCGAUGACGGUUGAGGACGUGGACUUGGGAAGGGGUCCGGGCCAGGGAUUGAUGAUUGGUGGAGCUACGUCGGGAGUCCACAGAGAGGAGAGGACUUCAGCUGCGCCCUUGCACCAAGUGUCGCCCUAUACAUUGCCAGCAAGAGCACACCACUCUCAUCAAAGUGAGCAGCCAACGGAUCUGAGCGAGGAUGACAUGUGGGCAGCUGCAGAGCGCUUGAGUACUCAACAUACCUCGAAGCCUCCCAUUGCCGCGUCCGCAUCAAGGAAUGGGGACAUGGCCUCCGACAGCGAGCAUGAUUUUCGGGCUCCCCUGACGACGGGACUACCACGCCAGCGCGAGGAUCUACACGACGAGUGGCUGCGAGUCGCGAGAUACCAGCAAGAGCGCUUGCAGCGAGCUCACGAGAGGAGGCAGCUUCUUCGCGGGUCUUCACAGUGCGCGCCCCAACAUGCAACGCUCGCAACUCCGCAUCUCGUUCCCUGGCGAUAUCGUCUCACACUCGGCUCCCUCGACUCCUGUUCCCUCCCUCACCUGCUCUGCUCCCUCCCUACCCUGACGCACGUCCACCUGACCCUAUACCUUGGCACUCACCUGGACCAUGACUUGCUCGAGCAUCAGCUCCGACUCUGCCUCGACACCUCGCAACGCUUGCCCCUACUACGCUGCUUAGAGGUCAGGGUGGGACAUGACGCGAGAGGAGGAGGGGCAUUCAGUUCGAGGCUGGCCCGUGCAGCCUUUGAGAGGACAGUGAAGGGCGCAGUUGAAAGGGUCGGAGAUGCACGAUGUGCGUUUUUUGGGGACAUUAAUGCUGAUGCUGCAGAAGGGGGAGGUCCGAGACUGCCUGGUGAUGGCAGCCGUCUGGUCAAUGUACGAGGGGACGCCGUGACGGCGUGGGCGCGCGAUGUGGACGAGUCACGAUGGGGAAGCUACUCUGAUGAGGAGGCAACCGAAACCGACGUUAGUCAGGCCAGGGGAAAGCCUUGGAUCAACGGUUGGCUAGCGCGAGACCGUCAUGGGACGAACGAUCCCAUCGAGGAGUGACACUGGACAAAGAUUUGUCCAUUGAAAUGAUUGCACAUUAGAGUAGACCUUGGUGCUCGUAGUCUGUCUGUCUUCCCCUUGUUGGAGCCCGCGGCGAUUACGAUCGCCACAUGCCAGCGAACUCGACAUCGUCGUUGCUACUGCCGAGGAGCAGCUCCAUGGUCCAAAGAACCAGUGUGACGCUCACCGUCGAGAAGCGCCAGAUGGU